UUUGGCCAUUCUGUCUAAGUGUAGGGCUGGUCAAUGGGGUAUAAACGCGUAGAAACUGGACGAAAGCUCUCGUGAUUUGACGCGACAAACAGAGCGCUGCAGUUACGGGGAAAUAAAGAUAUAGGUGGUUGGGGAUGGAGAGCUCGAGGCUGACGACAAAGCCAUGAAGCGGAUUGGCCUCUCCGCCUUUGCGGAGAAGGCAAGAGUGGGAUAUAGCUUCCGUUAACCCUGCACGUCCCGUCCCGUCGGCGUCUGACUUCGGCGUCUGCCUUCCGACCAGUGGGGGAAAGUCGGCACGAAAUUCCCCCGCCGCAAUCGACUUGGAAGUUGGGAACUUUUGCAGCGUCAUCACCUGUCUAUCCCAAAUCCCGACAUCGACCACCGACCGCCGUCGGCAUGACUGAAAGCUCGAUGCAAAGGCAUCGCAAUGGCCAGGGCCGUCCGCAGCAGUCCAACGACAGAGGCAGAGGCCGUGGCAGAGGCGGGGGUAGGGGCGGGGGUAGGGGCGGCGGGCGCGGCGGACGCGGUGGUGGGCGCUUUCAGUCCGGCCCCUCGCAGAACGUGCCAAACAUAAACCAGGUCGUGUCUGGCGCUCCCGUCUCCAUUGUCCUCAAGGUGGACCAGCCGAUUGGUCGUGAAGUGCAAGGUGUUGUAUCCGAAGUCUUGACGAACGGCAACCACCCGCGUGGCAUCAAAGUGCGGCUCGUGGAUGGGAGAGUGGGCAGAGUCCAGCGGAUGGUCAGCGAAAAUGAAGCAAGAGCUGGAUCUGAGGGCCUGAGUAAUCUGGGCAGGAACGGUGAGCCCUUCAACAUCCGAUACCGCGAUGUCCGCGAAGAAGAAGAGAUGAACGAGCCCCCUUCGGGGUAUAGCCUUGGAGAUUUCCUACCUCCGGAUCAUCCGUUGCAGCAAGAUGGACCAACGCCCAACAUGACGUCUGCCACCGCAACUUGCCCGGUAUGCAGCUUUGAAGGUGAUGAGGCUGCGGUUUCUCGUCACGUCGACUCGCAUUUC